CAAAACACAGCUGCUGUUUGGAGUGGGGGGUGGAUGGAGAGUUAAGCCGCCGAUGGCUGAGCUGAGAGUGACGCUGAGAGGAUCAGAUCGUCCAGAGCCGAGGGAACCAACACAAGAAACAGCAGUCACUCCACAGGAGGCAGAAACGAUCUAUUUGGUUCUCCAUUCCAGUGAAGCAAGUGUUGAUCACAAAGUCAACAUUCGUGAACGAAUGGAUCAAUAUGAAAAGCAGAUUGACAGCUUGAUGGAAGAUUUGGAAAGUCUGAAAAGUGAAUUACCAGGUCACAAGAAAAUCAAACAGUCAGAGGAACAUGAUAACAAAGAUACAUUUAAUCUGUCAAACAAAGCUUUGAAAGACUAUGGAGAAGAAUUGUCAGAUCUAUCACAGGAGCUAGCAAGAACUACAUCUGAAAAUAGGAAUCUUCGGGAGAGUUUUGAAAAGUUACAGAAAGAGUUGGACCAAAGGAGAUUACAGAAGGAAGAGCGUGAUGAGGACAACCUUUUAUUGCAGGCACUUGCUGAAGCUGAGGUGGCGUCAAUGUCUGCUGCAAUACAGGUUGCUACAUUUGAGAACGCCAUAGCUGACUUAAUGCACGAGAAUCGAGUUUCAGCUUCAGGGCUCCGCACAAUCACUGGGGGAAAAGACUUGUUGGAGAAACUGGAGAGUUUUAAGACCACAAACCGAACACUACAACAUCUGCUCCGAGAUUUGUGGAGUCCAGAACUCAAUCUGGAUUAUACCAACAGACAGAUAGACAUGUUGAUACACAAGCUGACCAGAAGUGAAAUUGAAAAUAAUCUUUUAAAAAGAAAGUUCCUGGAGACAGAGAGAAGUGUGAAAGAGCUCUCAGAACUGUACCAGAUGGAAAAGGAUAAUUCUGAUUGUGCAAAGCAAAUGUCAAAAUCUGUAGAAGCAACUCGAGCCCAUCUUCAAGGUCAACUUAGAAAUAAGGAGGCUGAGAACAAUAGGUUGUCAGUUCAAAUUGUGGGGCUAGAGAGGACAGUAAUUGACCAAAACCUGCAGAUUGAGAACCUUAAAUCUCAGUUAUCGACUGUGAAGGAGAAGGCUGAAGAAGACAAGGAGGGUCUGAAGAAGGCUACACGAGCCCAAAAACGGAGAGCAGAACGGUUUGAAGCUACUAUUGCAAACCUUACUUCUCAGCUCAAUGACAAGGAUGUGAAAUUAUCGGAAGCCCGUUUAGCUCUGGACAGCUGGAAGAAACAACACGAGACGGCUGUUGAGGACAAAACCCUGUUGGAGACCGAGAUAGUUUCCCUUCAAGAUAAGGUGGCUGGUCUGGAGGAGCAGCUUCAGGGUACUACAGUAAGCGCUGUCGUGCCGAACAGCGAACUAGUGGAGAAGUUACAAACCAGCAACUUUGAAAACUACAAUUUAAACCUGAAAAAUGCACAACUGAAGGCUUCAAUAGCAGCAUUAGAAGAAAAGACAGCUCUUACUGAAACUGAACUGGAGAAGAUGAAAGAUGAAGCCAAACAGCAGGAAGAGGCUGUUGCACAGUAUGAAAUGCAGGUCCAGUUAUUGCAAACAACAACUGAAGAUUUGGAGGCGAAACUUGGAAAGACUACCAAAGAAAAUCAUCAGCUAAAAGAUGUGAGGCUGAUGGAAACUAAAAGGGUGAAAGAUGAAAUGGAACCACGUUUGAAGGAAUUGAAACCUUUUCCUGAGCUGCUGAAAGCAGCUGAACAUAGGCUGUAUGAGUGUGAGAAAAACCUCCUGUGUCUCAAGAGAAGAUUCUCUGAUCAAUCAAAAUCAAUGAUUGAACUGCAGAAUAAGGUUGACAUCCAGAGUUUAAAAUCCUCUUUGAAAACGAGAGAGCCUUUGAGUGAAGAAAUGCAUGAGCUACAAAUGAAAUUUGAAGUUCUUUCUCGGAAACUAAAAGAGGUUGAUUUGCAAAAUCAAGAGCUUGCAGACACUGUAAUCAAACAAGAAGGAGCACUUCAGCUCAGUACAAAACAAGUAGAAGAGAGGACGAGAGAAUCUUCAGCGCUCAGCCGUCAAUUGGAAGCUGCAUUACAUGAUGUUCGAAAAAAGGUCAGUGAGGUAAAAGAUCAGGCUGUAGCCAGAGAGCGUGUUCUUCAAAACAAAAUACUUGGUCUGGAAACCGAGUUCAGCAGAAAGGCAAAGGAACUGAAACUGCUUCAGCACAACAACAAAUAUGCUGAAAAAGGUUAUGACAUGAAUCUUCAGGAAUUAAAACUUUGUCUUGAACAAUCUGAGAGUCGGAAUCAAAGCAUCCAAAGUUAUGUGCGGCUUCUGAAAACUACCUAUUCAGCUAUGUUUGGCGAUUAACACAUAGACAGAAUUUAUCAUUUCUGAACCUGUAUUAAGAUGAGUAAUUUAUUUUUCAUUUGUGUCAGUAGUCAUGCUCAGACUUGUAAUAUGCCAUCAAUGUAUUUUAAUUUUUUUUUUAAAAACUCAUUGAAGAUCAUGCAAAUUGUUGGAUCAAGUCUAUAACCUAUUGCUAAGGUCAUAAAUGUUUACAAAUUUGUAUAUCUUUGGAAAAAAUGGUUUUGUUUCUAUUUUGCUUUGUAACAUUAUUAAAACUGUAUUAAUUAUAGA